AUGACACAGGUCGUUGGUGAAAGCAGCAGGGCCGCUGCGGGCAGGGUCCCUACAAACCAGGCCGCGACGAACUACGCUGGCAAUCCCCCCCAGCAUCUCGCAACAGCCACUGCCCAUGCGAGUGCAGAUCUUACCGCGCAUUUGCUUGCCACCCGGACGUUGUUGGACACGAUGCGUGCCCCAGCGACGCGCGCACCUCGACCGGUCGUCCUCGACGAGGGCAUAGACGAUGACCCCGACUCAAGUGCGGAGAGUCUGAAUCCGCAAGAAGAUCUGUGGCUGACGACGGCAAAUGGACAAUACAACUCGCCCAUCGUUACGCUGGACGUGGGCAAUCCACCCAAGACUUUCUACGUUCAUCGCGAUGUCCUGGUCAAGUACGACUUCUUUCGUGCCAGCCUGGAGGGCAACUUCUUGGAGAGCCAAACUCAGCACAUUGACCUCCCCGAGGAGAACCCGGCCAUCUUCCACUUCCUGGUCGCCUUCCUCUACGAAAAGCAGUACGCCCCCAUCCAGCCCCUAGCAGGGGCCCUGCAACCCAAAAUCGAUGUCAAGGGCAAGGGGAGGAGCAACAUUGAGGAAUUCGAAAGAUAUUCGCCGACUGUCACCGCGGACGGAUUGCCCAUAGAUGACCUUGAACACCAAGACCAUCCCCAUCAGCCACGCCUCAACAGCCGAUUUUUUGAUCCGACCCGACAAGGCCGUCCGAGCAAGCACUACCAAGCAUGCCGGUGCCCUCUGUGCUCCCAGACGACAGGCUCUCUGAAUGAAAGAACUCUGCGUAGCCGCUGCUGGCACUGCAAUCGAUUUCCGCCUGCGCUCUCGCCGUCAGGAAGACUUGUCGAAACUGCCGAUCGUCAUCGUCGCGUUAGGACCCAACGUCGCGGGGAAGGCCGUCGCCACAUGGUGCAGGGGCGCCCAGUUCCACACGCCGCUGUAGUGCCUCCAGCCCACCCCGCCUUGCUCCCCGGCGAUGCGUUCAUACAGUACUUCGAUGGUGACCAACCAAUCAACGGUCUCGAUCAGAGUCCGUACCAAAGCGAAGAGGACGUGCGAUCGUGGCUCAUGGCGUACGAGCUCAACCUGGACGUGUACCUCUGUGCAAACCGACACAUGAUGGAAGACUUCAAGCAGGAGGUUGCACGGGCCACUGUGGACAUGCUGGAGUCGGUGGGGACAGGGGCAGCUCUGCCCGAGGUGCUACAACUGUGCUUGAAACUGCUCGGCGGGCUGAGCGAGCGGGACGCGCUGCUGCGCAUGAUCUUGGCGCGGAUCGGGUACCUGCAGCCUGUGCUGUGGAGGCGGGUGCCGGAGGAGAUGAGCACGUUCCUCACCGAGAAUCCGCAGGUGGCCGUUUUGAUCAUGCGCGAGAUGGCCGAGCAGCGCGAAGAGGCCGGACUGACGCACGUGAUACCGAGAAUGGAGCCAUUGGUGGCGAGUCCAGUUACAGGCAUACAUCACUAG